GCCUUGUGAACGCGCCGCCGCGCUGCACAGCAAGCAAAGCAGCCAUUAUUGCGAGUGCGAGUUAUUUCUGUUUCCUACCGGCUGAUUUUACUUGAUUGAGCGUGGUUAGAGUGUUCCGAGCUUUGUAAUCUGUUGAUGUGCUAGUGCGGUCGAACUUAAAUACCACUAUGGCCGACAAAAUCGAAAUGAGUCUUGAUGAAAUCAUCAAGCGAAACAAGCCGGCCCGUGGCGGCGCCCGCAGAGGCCGCGGCGCAGCCGGGGGCACCCAAAGAAGCAAUUCUUCUUUUCCUCGGCGGGGAGGUGGAGGCGGCCCUCAGCGCAACACCGGCCGAGUAGCGCAGGGAGGAAUCGUGAAGCGGCGAACUGCGCCUGGUGCGCCCCCCGCACGUAGUCCCCUAUACGCCCGAGGCGAUGUCAACAGUCGAUGGCAACAUGAUAUGUAUGCUGGAGCCCCAGGACGUCAGCUGUCAUCAGGACGGGGUGGUAUCGUCAGUGGCGGAGGCCCCACGAAACUUUUGGUUUCUAACUUGGAAUAUGGCGUUUCAGAUUCAGAUAUUAAAGAACUUUUUACCGAAUUUGGACCUCUGAAAUCAGCGGCUGUUCACUAUGACAGAUCAGGCAGGUCUCUUGGAACUGCUGAUGUAAUUUUUGAGAGAAGACCAGAUGCAGUAAAAGCCUUAAAACAAUACAAUGGCGUACCUUUGGAUGGCCGGCCUAUGGAGAUUGCCUUGGCAACCAAUGAAAUAACCUCAGCCGUCCCAAGGAGCAACCCCAGAGUUGGCGGCAACAGCAACUUCACACAAAACAGACCCCAGAACAGAAUUGGUGGCGGCGGCAGUAACUUCAGGAGUGCUGGUGCUGGCAGGGGUCGAGGUGGUGCCCGUGGAGGUAGAGGAGGAAGAGGUGGUGGUGCACGAGCAUCAAAGACUGUUCCCACUGCAGAAGAAUUAGACGCAGAGUUGGAUGCCUAUGUAAACAAGGUUCAAAAGUAAAUUGCUGACUUCUUCAGGUCAAUGUAUUUGAAUUAGAAUUAUUUUGUUUCUCUACAACUUGGUUGUAAGCUGUGUGUAAAAGAAGUACACAUAGAUUGAGUAUUCACCCGAUUAAAUAUUGUCUAAUCUGGUAGACAGAAAACUA